AUGGCGGCCGUUCACUGCUUCGAAGUACGUCACUUCAAAGUCGAAAUUCUAUAGGAAAGCUACAGUUCUGAACGUCUGCCAAGACAUUUUUUGAAAGCUAAAGCACUAAGCUUUCAUAGGCGAUCAUUUUCGUUCGUUCCCCUGAGAUGAGUAUUAGAACUCCCUCAGGUAAUGGACUAAUACAGAACAUGCUAACUUCAAUCACGAUAUUUCUACAAUGGAAUGACAAAAAGAGACACAAAACAACGCGUGCACCUUUUAUACAACGUUUCACGGCAUGGUCUACUUUCAAGACCCCGUUGAAAAUAACAGUAAUCCAUUAGAUAAAUAAUGAUUUAAGUACACCACAGGUCAAGACGCAUGUAGAGAUCCUAUUACCUAUCCCAAAAUAAAAAAAAGCUGAGGACAAGGUUCCUCACGCUUAGGAGAAGGUUCCUCACGCUUAGGAGAAGGUUCCUCACGCUGAGGAGAAGGUUCCUCACGCUGAGGACAAGGUUCUUCACGCUGAGGACAAGGUUCCUCACGCUGAGGACAAGGUUACUCACGCUGAGUACAAGGUUUCUCACGCUGACGACAAGGUUCCUCACGCUGAGGGCAAGGUUCCUCACGCUGACGACAAGGUUCCUCACGCCUAGGACAAGGUUCCUCACGCUGAGGAGAAGGUUCCCCACGCUGAGGACAAGGUUCCUCACGCUGAGGACAAGGUUCCUCACGCUGUGUACAAGGAUUCUCACGCUGACGACAAGGUACCUCACGCUGACGACAAGGUUCCUCACGCUGAGGACAAGGUUCCUCACACUGACGACAAGGUCCCUCACGCUGAGGACAAUGUUCCUCACGCAGAGGAAAAAAUUCCUCACGCUGUGGUCAAGGUUCCUCACGCUGAGGACAAGGUUCCUCACGCUGAGGACAAGGUUCCUCUCGCUGAGGACAAGGUUUCUCACGCUGAGGACAAGGUUCUUCACGCCCAGGACAAGGUUUCUCACGCUGAGGAUAACGUUCCUCAGGUUGAGGACAAUGUACCUCACGCUGAGGACAAUGUUCCUCACGCUGACCACAAUGUUCCACACGCAGGGGACAAGUUUCCUCCAGCUGAGGACAAGGCUACUCACGCUGAAGUACAAAGUUCCUCACGCUGAAUACAAGGUUACUCACCCUGAGGUCAAGGUUCCUCACGCUGACGACAAGGUUCCUACGCUUAGGAGAGGGUUCCUCACGCUGAGGACAAGGUUCCUAACAAUGAGGACAAGGUUCCUCACGCUCAGGACAAGGUUACUAAAGCUGAGUACAAGGUUCCACACGCUGAGGACAAGUUUCCUCAGGCUGAGGACAAGGUUACUCACGCUGAGGACAAGGUUCUUCACGCUGAAAUCAAGGUUCCUCACGCUGAGGACAAGGUUCCUCACGCUGAGGGCAAGGUUCCUCACGCUGAGGACAAGGUUACUCACGCUGAGGACAAGGUUCUUCUCGCUGAAAUCAAGGUUCCUCACGCUGAGGACAAGGUUCCUCACGAUGAGGACAAUGUUCCACAUGCUGACGACAAGGUUCCUCACGCUGAGGACAAUGUUCCUCACGCUGAGGACAAUGUUCCUAACGCUGAGGACAAGGUUUCUGACGCUGAGGACAAGGUUCGUCACGCUGAGCACAAGGUUCCUCAUGCUGAGAACAAUGUUCGUCAAGCUGAGGACAAGGUUCCUCACGCUGAGGACAGCCUUCCUGACGCUGAGGGCAAGGUUCCUCACGCAUAGACCAAGGUUCCUCACGCUGAGGACAAGAUACCUCACGCUGAGGACAAGGUUCCUCACGAUGAGGACAAUGUUCCACAUGCUGACGACAAGGAUCCUCACGCUGAGGACAAUGUUCCCCACGCUGAGGACAAGGUUUCUGACGCUGAGGACAAGGUUCGUCACGCUGAGGACAACGUUCCUCAUGCUGAGGACAAUGUUCGUCAAGCUGAGGACAAUGUUCUUCACGCUGAGGACAAGGUUCCUCACGUUGAGUACUGGCUUCCUCACACUGAGGACAAGGUUCCUCACGCUGAGGACAAGGUUCCUCACGCUGAGGCCAAGGCUCCUAACAAGGUUCCUAACACUCAGGACAAGGUUCCUCACGCUGAGGACAAGAUUCCUAACAAGUUUUCUAACGCUGAGGAGAAGGUUCCUCACGCUGAGGACAAGGAUCCUCACGUUCUUCACGCUGAGGACAACAAUCUUGGCCAGAUAAACCGUAGGAUGACGAUAAAUGUUUAUGCAUUUUUAAGGCCUCCCCCCUUCCCCUCCAUUCAAUGUUGUCAUUUCGUGUAUAUUUAUGAUCUGACCUACUCUACAACGAAAUUGUACGUGUACUAGAAAUGUGGGAGAGCAACAUUGAAAGGGGGGAGCGGGGGGAGGUGCAAAAUCAUUUUAAAACCCAAGUAUAUUAAGAAAUUGCGAAUCGUUCUACGAACUUUUGCCCAAGAUUGUUGUCCUCAGCGUGAGAAACCUUGUCCUCAGCGUCUGGAACCUUGUCCUCAGCGUGAGGAACAUUGUCCUCACCGUGAGGAACCUCGUCCUCAGCGUAAGGAAUCUUGUCAUUAG